GUUGUUGUCGAUAACCGUUUUGGACGGUAAAACACUAUGAGAUAACCGCGUCCAGCAAUAUUAUGCCGUCGUAGAGUCGCGUGAUACAAUAUUAUAAUAUUACAAUAGUACUAUUAUUAUUAUUAUUAUGUGACAAUUUAUCUGGUACGACAUCACCCGCGGGUUCGUUAUACGGACGAAAGACGAGUGCUGACACUGUCAUAAAUCAUAUUAUAUUUUUUACUAUUAUGAUAAUAAUAUUAUUUUACAAUCAUUGUUGUUGUCGUUGUUGUGUACGACACUAUAAUAUACUAUGCCACGGCGAGCCAACGCGAUCUUCGGAGGACGAACAAUAAUAUUAUUUUGAAACGAUAUUGUUUAAUUUAAAACGAACGGAAUGAACGCUCUAUUAUAUCUAUUCACGCUGUACAUACUCGAAUGUGUUGGCUUAAGGGACUUGAAAAUCCACGUCCCAGUGGCAGUACGAUCUGGAUCCAUACUGCGAAUGAACUGUACAUACGAUUUGGAAAAUACGGCACUGUAUUCAAUAAAAUGGUAUCUGAGGGAUCAAGAAUUCUAUCGAUACGUGCCAAAAGAAUCGCCUCCCACCCGUGUUUUUCCAAUGCCUGGAAUUAUAGUUAAUGUACAAGAAUCCGACGAGAACAAAGUAACCAUUGAAAACGUCCAAAGGGAAUUGACGGGAUAUUAUAAAUGCGAAGUCUCAGCGGACGCGCCGCUAUUCCACACCGGUAUUAAGACAAAACUUACAUAUGUCACUAAUGAACCAUCGUCCCCUCCAACGUUGCAGGCGAACAGAAUGAAGUACUCAGCGGGUGAUCUAAUCAACGUCAGUUGUAUUGCCGGCGAAAGCUAUCCAGCUGUCAACAUUAGUUGGUUCUUAAAUAAUCAAACGGCCGAAACCAUGCAAUCAGUACGUAUCAAUACAGUUUUCGUACGUAAGGACAAGGUUACCGAAAUGGUGGUCAUGAGAUCUUAUCUAAUCACUAGAGCUAGUACGUUGUUAUUUCCGACUGGCCGCAUUAAAGUAAUGUGUGAAAUUUAUCAAUUCGACUUGUACAAAUCGUCGUCUGAAAUAGAACUGGUUGACAACGCACCACCAAAAUCGGCACAGGUCAUCGCUCCGAGUCUGUCAUCACAUUCUACAGGUAAAGCUCCAAGAUUACAGAAUUGGGCAUUGAUUACGUUCAUCGUGUUAUUUAUCGCCAACACCAUACUACUGUAAUUAUAAUAUUCAUAACUGAGAUGGAACUGACCGGCUACGUUACAAUUAUUCAAAUAAUACAAUAAAAUAUAAAAUAAUAGAGAGUCGAUAUAUAGUCUUAUAAUAUUUAAGAUAAUUAAAAAUAUAUGUUAUAUUAUAAUGAUGUUUACCUAUUGACCUGUGCAAACCCUAGAGUUUUUUUUUUAAUUAAUGUGUUCUAUUAAUUUGUUGAUUAUGUGUAAUUAUUAUUGUUAAGCUGAUAAAAAAAAAAUAUUUGAUAUAAUAAUGGUUGUUAUUAUUUAUUGUGUAACAGUUAUAAAUGUUCUUUUUGUCAAUGAUCGCAUCUGGCCAAAAGUCACUCGACAAUUAAUUAUUCAAGAAACAAGCAUCUGUUUUAUUUUAGAGUAAAAAUCUCGGGGAACUCAUAAAAUAUAUUACUAGGUAAAUACCAAUAGGCAAUAAUAAACUAGAUUCUAUGGGCUUUUGGGGUAGGUACUUAAGUAAAAGUAAGUAAAUAUAUGUAAUAAUAUUAUGUAUAUUAUAUUAUUUUGUCAAUUUAUAAACACAUUUGAGCUAAAUAUAUCAAUUUUCAAG